GCUGUCACCAAGCGAAGAACUUUUUUGAAGGAUCAACUGAAAAGGACAAGCGGUAAAAAAUGGAUCCGACCGCGGGCCCUUAUGAUUACUACGACUACGAGGAGACUGAGAACUCCACCAUGUGCGACUAUUCAGAGUGGACGCCUUCCUACUCUGUCAUCCCGGUGCUCUACAUGCUGAUCUUCAUCCUCGGCCUCUCUGGAAACGGUGUCGUCAUCUUCACCGUGUGGCGAGCGCAGGGGAAGCGGCGAGCGGCCGACGUCUACAUCGGGAACCUGGCCUUCGCCGACCUGACCUUCGUGGUCACGCUGCCGCUGUGGGCCGUCUACACCGCCAUGGGCUACCACUGGCCGUUCGGGGUCGCCCUGUGCAAGAUCAGCAGCUACGUAGUGUUGCUCAACAUGUACGCCAGCGUCUUCUGCCUGACCUGCAUGAGCUUCGACCGCUACCUGGCCAUCGUCCACUCUCUGUCGAGCACUCAGAUCAGGACGAGGGGCCACAUCCGAGCCUCUCUGGCAGCCAUCUGGUUGCUGUCCGUCCUCCUCGCUGCUCCGACUCUGGUCUUCCGCACAACCAAGCAUGAUGAGAACAGCAACCGCACAUCCUGUGCGAUGGACUUCAGCCUGGUGGUGACCAACAAGGAGCAGGAGAGUCUCUGGAUUGCCGGUCUCAGCAUCUCCUCAUCGGCCCUCGGCUUCCUGCUGCCCUUCCUGGCCAUGAUGGUGUGCUACGGUUUCAUCGGCUGCACCGUCACCCGCCACUUCAACACCCUGCGGAAGGAGGACCAGCGUAAGAGAAGGCUCCUCAAGAUCAUCACCACCUUGGUGGUGGUGUUUGCCGCCUGCUGGAUUCCCUUCCAUGUGGUGAAAAGCGCGGACGCCCUGUCGUACCUGGACUUGUUUCCCGCUACCUGUGACUUCCUGCGCUUCCUGUUGCUGGCUCACCCGUACGCCACCUGCCUGGCCUACGUCAACUCCUGCCUCAACCCGUUCCUCUAUGCCUUCUUCGACCUGCGCUUCAGAUCACAAUGCCUGUGCCUCCUUAACCUGAAGAAGUCCUUACACGCCAGCCCGGCCAGCUCGCUGUCCUCGCAGAAGACAGAAGCUCAGUCUCUGGCCACCAAAGUGUAGGAACUGCCCUGAUGGCCCAGAAGAACACUGGGCGGACAAUGCAGGGAAACGUGCUGCGGACAGUUUCAGGGUUUCCUUCUCCCUCUGUGGACCAGUGAGGGGGGGGUUUCACUUCAGGCUGCUGGUAUCUGGCUGCGACCAGACUUCCCUCACAAGUGCGGUCCAGAGCAAAACAAGGGACCAAAUGUCCACCAGCGAGUGGACUGUGGAAAGAACUUGAUGUGUUUGGACUAGAACUCUUGUGUGCUCACGCCGUUCUUGUUUUCAUUCGUAAGCACUUGAGGUGUGAUAUCAACCAGACCACAGGGACCUCCAGCGCCGGCUCCUCCGCAGCCUGGUGUCAAGAUGUGUCGGCGUCUGAUAAGAGAGCUGUAAGG